AUGUUCGCCUUAUCCGCCCUCUCCGUCGCCCUCGCAGCCGCCGCGUCCGUCGCCGGCCUGCCGACCUUCGCCGACAAACGCGCCACAGCUAGCGCGACCCUCGCGCCUUCGUGCGACGGCCUCGGCUGGGGCGCAUUCGACACCCAGGCGAACUUCACCGUCGCCGCGCUCUUCGUCGACAGCUCGAAGAACACGAACACGACCGGGCUCCCGCUCGUGCUCGGCCAGGCGGGCGCAACCUCCGGCGCGAGCUUCAAGGUGUUCUCGACGUUGGCGUCGUACCCCUUCGACCAGUACCCGUCCAUCUCGAUGGAGGCGGGCAGGCUGAUCCCGACCGGGCCCAACGUCGCGCCCGCCGCGGGCAUGUCCGUCCUCCCCGCGGCCCAGGUGUCGUUCAUCUCGAGCAACUCGGUGGACCCCACCAAGGGUGCCCAGAUCUACUGCGGUGUGGCGAGCACAGACCCCGCCGGGGGCAGCACCGGCCACCCGCAGCUGGCGGUCAACGGCGACACGGACAACUUCUCGCUUUGCCUGGUCGGCACGCAGAACAACGUCGUGUACAAGCACGCGUCGGGCCAGCAGUACAACGACUCGUCGUGUGAGCCGGUCAGGCUGCAGAUGAUCUUCCCCAUGUGA